UCAAGAAAUGGCUUUCCAUUUAAAUAUUACUGAGGAGGCAAACGGAGCUCGUUUGAGCAAACUUUUAAUAAAUAAAGGAACGCAAGCAUUGAAAGAUACAUUGCAAUAUUUAUUAAAACCAUCAAAUUUAUCUGCUACACUUAAUGAUCCUUCUAAAAAGAGUAAAUUGAAAUCAUUAAAAGUCAAAGUGAUUGGCAAAGAUGAAUGGGAUCUUCUUUACCCGUCAACUGGUUCACCAGACAUUAAAAACUUUGAUAUUUCAUUGUUGACUGUCUUAUUGCGAAAUAUAUGCGGUCUAUUAGCACCAGCUAGUGGAUGGAAUAGUCUUCCUCCCGCUUCGGAUACCUCAGUCUCAUCCAAUAUUGCAAGAAUAAAGUAUUAUCGAAACAAAGUGUAUGGUCACAUAACCACAACUAGUUUAGAUGACAGUAAAUUUGAGGACUUGUGGCAGGAAACGUCAAAAGCAUUGGUUGGUUUGGGUAUUCAACAAACUGAAAUAGAUGAAUUGAAGGAAGCUCCUCUCAGUGCUGACGAGGCGAAUUACAUUGAAAUGUUGAAAGACUGGCAUAAGAAAGAUAUGACAUUGAUCGAGUCGGCUGAGGAAAUCAAGGAAGAUGUCAAAGUGAUAAAAAAUGAUGUAGCUGACAUAAAAGAAGAAGUGAUGGAAACAAAAGCUGAAGUAGCGGAAGUAAGAGAGAUUUUACAGGACAAAACAAGUUCAGAUCUCGAGAAGCUUGCAAAGUUUAAUUUUAAUGGUCGCAUCAAAGAACUAAACAAGAUGUACUUCCAAGGCACAAGACAGUGGUUAUUUGAAAAACUUCACAACUGGCUUAAUGACAAAAGUGAAGAUGCUUCAAAUGUCAUGGUAUUGAUCGCCGGUCCUGGUGUUGGGAAAAGUGUGUUUGCUGCUGAGGUGUGUCGACGAUAUUCUAAAAAGGAGAAACUGGCUGCUUGUCAUUUCUGCAGAUAUAAUCAAUCAGAUUAUUCUAAUCCUCUAAUGUUAAUCGAAUCAUUCGCCAAUACCAUGUGUGAUGGAAUAUCUAACUUUGAAACCCAAUUGAAGAAAGGUUUAAACAGAAACCAUUCCAAAAAAUCGAUUGCCGAUGCAUUUCGUGUUUUACUCAAUGAUCCAUUGCAUUCAUUGCAAGAUCAUGAACAAAUGCUUUUGGUCAUUGACGCAUUAGAUGAAAGUCAAGUUAACGGCAAAAGUGAAUUACUAGAGUUGAUAGCGAAAGAAUUUUGCCGACUACCUAAAUGGAUUAAAAUUUUUAUCACUAGUCGUCCAGAACUUCCUGUUCAAAAUGAAUUGAAAGAAAUGAAUCCUGUCGAAAUAAAAACUCAACCUCGUGAUAAAAACAACGAAGAAGACCUUCACAAGUAUUUGAAAUAUCAGUUAAACUAUUGUCGCUCUGGGAACACUGAGUAUUCUGUUUCUGACGACGUUUUAAUUUUGUUGGUUAGAAAAUGUGAAGGGUCUUUUCUUUAUGCUUAUCACGCGCAUCAAGAGCUAAAAUCGGUAGAUGUUGAACUGACCGUGGAAAUUAUUGAACAAUUAGUUCCUCUUGGCUUAAGUGGUUUCUACAAGAAUGAAUUUCUUAGAGUAAAAACAUUAUUAAAAGAGAUAAGUUCAUCGACACACAAUAUUGUUUUCGCAGAUGAAAAUUUUAAGAAGUUUCUUGAAGUGUUGGUGGCCUGUCGAGAUUUUCUGCCCCAGUCGUUUGUUUUUAAGUGUUUAGGCUUACCUGAUGAUAUGAAGUUUGAAGAUAGCAAUAAAGUAAUUGAAAUGAUAUCUCAAAUUUUGCCAGCUUACGAUGAUCGUGUAACCGUGUAUCACAAGUCUCUUAUCGAUUGGUUGAAAUCAGAUGGUUAUAAAAAGCAUGAAUUUACAGUUGAUUCUCAGUCCAUAGUAAACGGACAUCAGUUAUUGUGGCGUGCUUGUGAGAAAGAAUUUCAUCACAUUAAGUCGAUAAACAUUUUUGAAGAUAAAAUGAAAACUGCUAUGACUGAAUAUGCUUUGAAGCAUGGGAUAUAUCAUAUGAUAGAUUGUGGCAAAAAUGUCGACUUUAGUUGGGCAGCAGAUGUUAAAAUUGUUUUCGCGAUAUUAAUGAUGGAUCGGUCGGGAAAAAAGGUAUCAUUUUAUAAACUGAUUUAUACGUCAAAUAUGGUGUUAAUGUCUCACCAGUGGCGGGUAAUUAUAAAAGAAAGACGAGGUUUCUUGAGUAAAGAUUUACUUCAGGAAUUAUCACGCCUUGAAACUAUGAGUGUUAUGUACGCUUCAAUGUUUCCACCUGUGUCAUGUUAUUUACAAUUUAUUGGAAAUAGAAUAGAUGUUAGUGACGAGAAAAGAUUUUUGGCAAAGAAUUUAUUGAAACAAGGAAAACUUGUUUGGUUUGAAGAUUUCUUCUCGGCUAAUACUUCUAGCAGAUUUGAUAUUCUCAGUCUUGAUUUUUGGAGACAUCUUUGGAAACCUCCUGAGAGGCAUCUGAUUUUUUUUAAAAGUUGUUGUUGUUUUUCACCGGAUGGAUCGUUGUUGGCAGCCUUCGUUUGUUCUGAUCCCGUCAAAAUUGUUCUUUGGCACGUUGAGCGCUGUACCAUUGUGCAAGAUAUAUCCACGAAAAUGAAAAAUGCUUUAGGAUGUUGGUGGGCGAAUGGUUUACUGUGGAUGUGGGAUGGUUCUGAUUAUCUUUGGAAAAUAUCAAUGUCAUCUAACUGUUUUGCCGAUACAGAGGUUAAAUAUGUAUACAUUGGAUUCAAAGUAAAAACAAUUUUAACAUUUGGUGACGUCUUAGUUUGCAUUGACCAAGAAAAUGUCGUUCGAGUUGUUAGAAUUACCAACGGUGAAAUACAAUAUAACAAGUGUCUUCCUAUCGAUAGUUUUGAUUGUAAAGUAGCUGUAUCACCUGAUAAUUCCACAAUUUUAAGUGUCAACAAAACAAAGUUUACAAUAUGGAAAUGGAGAAAUACAGAGGACGAACUUUACCUUGAAGCAUGGCACACUGCAGAAGUACCAGAAAUACCGGUAAAGACUUACCUUAAAGUAUCUGUAGAAGAUUUCCUCUACAAUUGCAAUUUUACAAAUGAUAGUAAACAAGCGGUCCUUUUUCUAAGUCCUAAAGCGACCUAUCAUGCUUUUUGUCUUAUUGAUGUGCAUUCGACUGGGAAUGUGAGCGCUGUUUUGUCAUUUAAGGGAGAUUGUUUAAACGACGUCUUUUUUGUUUAUAAAUCUUACUACAUUGGAAUAAAUACAUUUUGCUGUUUGACUGCUCUAGAUUUAAAGACUGGUAAACAAUGCGCGGAGAUUAAAAUACACGAGGAUCGUAAUGUCCCUCCAGUGAUAUAUAUUCAUUCCGAAACAGGAACUGUCGCUGUAAUAUCAGAUAGAGAAUUCAAUGAACGAAAAAUUCACUUUUUUAAAGUUAAUGUUCCUGAAUGA